GUGUGAACGCGCUCGGGCGCCGGCGGCACCGCCGAGGUCUGUUGGCAAAAGUCGCCCUUGAUGGCGGCGGAGGCGAGGCAGCCGCGGCGCCGAACAGCCGACGCGCGCUAGCGGGGUCCGCCCGCCCCUUUCCCAGAGCCCAGCGCCGCCGUUCGCCGCCGCCGCCGCCCGCCCGCGCGCCGUUCGCCGCCGCCGCCGCCCGCGGGUGGCAGCGCCGCUCGGUCCCCGGCCCCGGGGCCGGCUGGGGGGCGGUCGGGGCGUGUGAGGGGCUUGCUCCCAGCUCGCGAAGAUGGCUGCGGGCCGCCCGCUGGCCUGGACGCUGACACUUUGGCAGGCGUGGCUGAUCCUGAUCGGGCCCUCGUCGGAGGAGCCGUUCCCUUCAGCCGUCACUAUCAAGUCAUGGGUGGAUAAGAUGCAAGAAGACCUGGUCACACUGGCAAAAACAGCAAGUGGAGUCAAUCAGCUUGUUGAUAUUUAUGAGAAAUAUCAAGAUUUGUAUACUGUGGAACCAAAUAAUGCACGUCAGCUGGUGGAAAUUGCAGCCAGAGACAUUGAGAAGCUUCUCAGCAACAGAUCUAAAGCCCUGGUGCGCCUGGCUUUGGAAGCAGAGAAAGUUCAAGCAGCCCACCAAUGGAGGGAAGAUUUUGCAAGCAAUGAAGUUGUCUACUAUAACGCGAAGGAUGAUCUUGAUCCUGAAAAAAAUGACAGUGAACCAGGCAGCCAGAGGAUCAAACCUGUUUUCAUUGACGAUGCUAACUUUAGAAGACAAGUAUCCUAUCAGCACGCAGCUGUCCAUAUCCCCACUGACAUCUAUGAAGGAUCGACAAUCGUGUUAAACGAACUCAACUGGACAAGUGCCUUAGAUGACGUUUUCAAAAAAAAUCGAGAGGAAGACCCUUCACUGUUGUGGCAGGUGUUUGGCAGUGCCACUGGCCUGGCCCGGUAUUACCCAGCUUCUCCAUGGGUUGAUAAUAGCCGAACCCCAAACAAGAUUGAUCUUUAUGAUGUACGCAGAAGACCAUGGUACAUCCAAGGUGCUGCAUCCCCUAAAGAUAUGCUUAUUCUGGUGGAUGUGAGUGGAAGCGUUAGUGGACUGACACUCAAACUCAUCCGGACAUCCGUCUCCGAAAUGUUGGAAACCCUCUCAGAUGAUGAUUUUGUGAACGUGGCUUCAUUUAACAGCAAUGCUCAGGAUGUAAGCUGCUUUCAGCACCUUGUCCAAGCAAAUGUAAGAAAUAAGAAAGUGUUGAAAGAUGCAGUGAAUAAUAUCACAGCAAAAGGAAUCACAGAUUAUAAGAAGGGCUUUAGUUUUGCUUUUGAGCAGCUGCUUAAUUAUAAUGUAUCCAGAGCCAACUGCAAUAAGAUUAUCAUGUUGUUCACGGACGGAGGAGAAGAGAGAGCCCAGGAGAUAUUUGCCAAAUACAAUAAAGACAAGAAAGUACGUGUAUUCACAUUCUCAGUUGGCCAACAUAAUUACGACAGAGGACCUAUUCAGUGGAUGGCUUGCGAAAAUAAAGGUUAUUAUUAUGAAAUUCCAUCCAUUGGAGCCAUAAGAAUUAAUACUCAGGAAUACCUAGAUGUUCUGGGAAGACCGAUGGUUUUAGCAGGAGACAAAGCUAAGCAAGUCCAAUGGACAAAUGUGUACCUGGAUGCACUGGAACUGGGACUUGUCAUUACUGGAACUCUUCCGGUCUUCAACAUAACUGGCCAAUUUGAAAAUAAGACAAACUUAAAGAACCAGCUGAUUCUUGGAGUGAUGGGAGUUGAUGUGUCUUUGGAAGAUAUUAAAAGACUGACACCACGUUUUACACUCUGCCCCAAUGGCUACUAUUUUGCAAUUGAUCCUAAUGGUUAUGUGUUAUUACAUCCAAAUCUUCAGCCAAAGCCUAUUGGUGUAGGUAUACCAACAAUUAAUUUGAGAAAAAGGAGACCCAAUGUUCAGAACCCCAAAUCUCAGGAGCCAGUGACAUUGGAUUUCCUCGAUGCAGAGUUGGAGAAUGACAUUAAAGUGGAGAUUCGAAAUAAAAUGAUCGAUGGAGAAAGUGGAGAAAAAACAUUCAGAACUCUGGUUAAAUCUCAAGAUGAGAGAUAUAUUGACAAAGGAAACAGGACAUACACGUGGACUCCUGUCAACGGCACAGAUUAUAGCAGUUUGGCCUUGGUAUUACCAACCUACAGUUUUUACUAUAUAAAAGCCAAAAUAGAAGAGACAAUAACUCAGGCCAGAUAUUCAGAAACACUGAAACCGGAUAAUUUUGAAGAAUCUGGCUACACAUUCCUAGCACCAAGAGAUUACUGCAGUGACCUUAAACCUUCAGAUAAUAACACUGAAUUUCUUUUAAAUUUCAAUGAGUUUAUUGAUAGAAAAACUCCAAACAACCCAUCCUGUAAUACAGACUUGAUUAAUAGAGUCUUGCUGGAUGCAGGCUUUACAAAUGAACUUGUUCAAAAUUACUGGAGUAAGCAGAAGAAUAUCAAGGGAGUGAAAGCACGGUUUGUUGUGACUGAUGGUGGGAUUACCAGAGUUUAUCCCAAAGAGGCUGGAGAAAAUUGGCAGGAAAACCCAGAGACAUAUGAAGACAGCUUCUAUAAAAGGAGCCUCGAUAAUGAUAACUACGUUUUCACUGCUCCCUACUUUAACAAAAGUGGACCUGGGGCCUAUGAGUCAGGCAUUAUGGUAAGCAAAGCUGUAGAAAUAUAUAUCCAAGGAAAACUUCUUAAACCUGCAGUUGUUGGAAUUAAAAUUGAUGUAAAUUCUUGGAUAGAGAAUUUCACCAAAACUUCAAUCAGGGAUCCGUGUGCUGGUCCAGUUUGUGACUGCAAACGAAACAGUGAUGUAAUGGAUUGUGUGAUUCUAGAUGACGGUGGGUUUCUUUUGAUGGCCAACCAUGAUGAUUAUACCAAUCAGAUUGGAAGAUUCUUUGGAGAGAUUGAUCCAAGCUUGAUGAGACACCUGGUCAAUAUAUCAGUUUAUGCCUUUAACAAAUCUUAUGAUUAUCAGUCGGUGUGUGAACCUGGUGCUGCGCCAAAGCAGGGAGCAGGGCACCGCUCGGCUUAUGUGCCAUCAAUAGCAGACAUACUGCAGAUUGGAUGGUGGGCCACUGCUGCUGCCUGGUCUAUUCUUCAGCAGUUUCUGUUGAGUUUGACUUUUCCACGGCUCCUUGAGGCAGCUGAUAUGGAGGAUGACGACUUCACUGCCUCCAUGUCAAAGCAGAGCUGCAUCACUGAGCAAACCCAGUAUUUCUUCGAUAAUGACAGCAAAUCGUUCAGUGGGGUAUUAGACUGUGGGAAUUGUUCCAGAAUCUUUCAUGUAGAAAAGCUCAUGAACACCAAUUUAAUAUUCAUAAUGGUAGAGAGCAAGGGGACAUGUCCCUGUGACACACGGCUGCUCAUACAAGCAGAGCAAACUUCUGAUGGACCAGAUCCUUGUGAUAUGGUUAAGCAACCCAGAUAUCGAAAAGGGCCAGAUGUCUGCUUUGACAACAAUGUCCUGGAGGAUUAUACUGACUGCGGUGGGGUCUCUGGAUUAAAUCCUUCCCUGUGGUCCAUCAUCGGGAUACAGUUUGUACUGCUUUGGCUGGUUUCUGGCAGCAGACACUGCCUGUUAUGACCUUCUAAAACCAAAUCUCCAUAAUUAAACUCCAGACCCUGCCACAACAUGAUCCCUCCGUUAUGUUAAAGUAGGGUCAACUGUUAAAUCAGAACAUUAGCUGGGCCUCUGCCAUGGCAGAGCCCUAAGGCGCAGACUCAUCAGGCACCCACUGGCUGCAUGUCAGGGUGUCC